AUGGAUGCCAGUCUGAUUUCAGGGCUGGAGGAUUUCAACAAAAUCCGCCCUCCUGCCUACAGAGUCGCUAUGAAGCUUGAAAGACUACAGAACAUCUAUUGCAUGGAUGUUGUGUUAGUUUGCCACAUUGAGGCCGCCCUUGAGCUGGGGGGCAGAGCCAAGCAGCAGCAGGAUUCUGUACUAAGCAAGGACGAAGUAACCCAGCGCUUGGACAAGAUGUUCAGGAGUGUGUCUCCAGAAAUGGCAGAUAGUUUCAGGCUGAAGACAUCAGAGAAAUUUUCCAGUCUCAUAUUCAGGAUGUUUGAUAGGAAUCACUUGGGUCAAAUAAGGACUGUUGCCCUCUAUAUUGCUCUCACCUGUUUAUCAGCAGAAAAUCUGCCGCUCAAAUACAGAGCCCUAGUCUGUGCAGCGGCAAGUGCUUCUGGAUCCAUCACCAGGUCUUCUCUCAGAUCUUUAUUAGAGGAUGUCAGCCAGGUUCCUGCAGUCAUUCAGGAGGAAGAGGUGUUUGGUGACGUUGAAGAGGCAGUGAAGUCUUGUUUUUGUGGGGUGCUGACCUCCACUGUAAGCAGGGAGCACGUGAUAUCAUGGCUGCAGAGUGAGCCUUGUCUGUUGCUAUGGCUACCUGUGCUGUAUCGUUUGGUCAUAAGUCAGAAGGUUGUUCACACUGUCCGCUGUCAUAUCUGCAAGACAUUUCCCAUAAGUGGACUCAGGUAUCGCUGUGUGAAGUGUCUGAAGGUCCAUGUGUGUCAGAGUUGCUUCUUAUCAGAGCAACAGACAAACAAACACAAGAGUCACCACUCAGUGAUUGAGUUCUGUACACCGCCCACCUGGCGGGAGUCUUUCUCCUCAUUUGUCCACAGUGCUCGGCAUUACCUGUUACCACGUCGAUAUAUUCAAGGAGAUGAAAGGAGAAAGGGUCUAAUGAGGGAAGAGAGAAGGAAUAGUCAGAGGAGCGGUCCACAUUUGGGGGACAAUCCUGAAGAAGGUGGAGGCACCACCUCUGCUGAAUGUGUUUCCCAUGAUUCCUCUGGGCAAUUUAAGUCUUCAUCUAAAUCACUGCAGACUGAUGAGAUGCUGGUGGAACAGUUGGAGAUGUCCACUUUGCUUGCUGAAGUCAGGGACCUCCACAGAGAUAAACGGCUACUGGAAGAUCAACUGGAGGUAUGUCGUCUCACAUUCCAGUCAGAACAGGGAGCGCUAAAGGAACGAUGCGCCGAGAUGGAGGUUACCAUGGAAUCAGUCAGGGAACACAACUUGUGUCUCCAGGCGACUCUUAUUCGGACACUGAACAAGCUGGAGUUCCAAUGUGCCAGUGAUAAGACACGAGACCAGAAUGAGAUAGACAACGCAGCAAAUACGGAUAAAGGAAAGAUGACACCAACUUCUGACGUGGAGACUUGCGUGGAGGAAGUAUUAAAUAUUGAAGAAGAAAUUCUGUUAAAGACCGAUGAUGAGUGGAGCGAGAUGGAGGAAAGUCCACCCCCGACAAUGGACCAGGACAUUGCUUGGUCACAUAACAUCCACUAUGAGGAGGUAGAUUGUGCGGCUAACAGACUUCAAUCGAUACAACAAGAGGACAUCCUCAAAGAGGUGGACACGUGUACAGGUGAUGAACAAGAUCAUGGAACUUAUAGUCCAGAAGAGUUGCUACAGCAGAAUGUGGACCAACUGCUAAGUGUUUUAGGUGCACACAGUAGUAAGGAUACACAAUCAGGUGACAACAAGGAGUUUGUUCUAAUUGAUGCUGCAGAACAGAUUGGAGACUCUUUACUUUACCUUGUGGAUGCUGUGAGACAAGUUCCAAGAGAAAAGGGGAUUUACACCGCGGCAGAACAUGUGUCAUACAGACUUUAA